UAUUGACGGAAAAAAAGAGACAUAAUAUCAUAAAAAAUGAGUAUACAAGAUCCGGGGAUAUUUCCCCGGAUAAUGAGAUCAGUUACCCCUAAAACAGCCAUAACAAUUAAUAACUUGAAAGACGAGAAUAAAUUCUCGUUUGCAGACUUAACAUUGUUGAACAAUGAAAUUCAAAUUUUAAAAAAACAGGCCACGGAAGAAGGAGAUCACGAAAUGCUAUCACAAAUUCAAUCUCUUAGUCAAAACAUAAUAGCAAAAAAAAGUGCGAAUAAACAAUCCUUUACAUAUGCGGUGUCCGAUAAGGGACCUUAUACAGUAUUCAUACAAAGCAAAUCAAGAAAUAUUGGAAACCUCGAUCCAUUAUCGUUGGGAAAGAUGUUUUUCGAUAACGAUGAUUUCAAUUUUAAUAUAAAGAACAUAGCUAGGAAGGGAAGAAAUCGAAUUGGUGUAGACUUUGCUAACUCACGCGAGGCAAAUUUAUUUGUGGAAAAAAAUAAUUUCGUAGAUUACGAUGUUUUCAUACCUUCAUAUUUGUUAACAAGUAUGGGGGUCAUCUCAGAUAUCGGAUUAAGCAUCUCCGAGGAAGACAUUAUGAAACACGCGGAUUCAACAUCUGAAAUCAUAAAGGUACGACGCUUAAAAAGACGACAAACAAUAGACGGUAAAACGACUUACGUAGACGCGAAGUCAUGUGUGAUUACAUUCCGCGGAAAAAAUUUACCAAAUAACAUCAAACUAUUUCACAACAUAAUAUAUGUAGACCAAUAUAUAAGCCCGGUAAUUCAAUGCUAUAAUUGUUUGCGAUAUGGACACACAGCAAAACAGUGUAGGGGUAAAAAAAGGUGUAGAAAUUGUGGUUCACAGCACGAAGAGACAGAAUGCGAAGCAAAAAAACCAAUUUGUAUUUACUGUAGUCAAAACCAUUCUGCAGUAGAUAGAAUUUGUCCGGAAUUCGAUAGACAAAAAAGAAUAAAAGAGGCGAUGGCAGUUCAUAAAUACACUUACUUUGAAGCCAAUAUUAUUUUGAAAAACAAUAGUAGAAAUUUAUACGCGAAUGACAAAGAAUUUCCAAAUCUAACAAAAAAUAACAGAACUGAUGAAAAUAUUAUACGAACACCAGCUACCAUUAACAAUCAAUCGUACGCUCAGAAAGUUAAAGAAAGACAAACACAAACCGUCAACAACACACGUAGAGUCAGCACACCCAUUCAAAGAAAAAGACCACCCCCACAAAUACCGGGAUAUAAUCAUGAAGAACAUAAAAAAUGUUUAAUAGAUUCACAAUGUAAUGAUAAUAUCCCCUACGAUUGGGAAGAACUUAAAAAUAAUUCUAGAAAAGAAAAUUUCGAUAUAAUCGAUAACGACUCAAACAACUCACAACCAAAAAAAUCAGCGCAAGUAAAUUAUCUUCUCCCCCAUUAUUUUAAAAAUUCACCUAAUAGUAACAAUAGAAAAAUUCAACUACAUCAAGAUUAUAAAAUAAUACAAGCUACAGCAAUCGUUCAUCAGACAACAGACGAAUUUAAAAAUGACGAAGAAGACGAUAUGGAAAUCAAUUUAGAUAAUUAAAAUAAUAAAAAAAAAAAAAAUCUAAUGACAAACAAAAUAAAAAUUAUACAAUAGAAUAUUAGAUCUAUAAAUUCGAAUUAUGAAAAUAUGAUUAACAUUGCAAAGAGCUUUAAUCCAGAUAUAAUUCUACUAUCUGAAACCUUUCUUAAACCAAUUCAAAAAUUAACAUUAAAACACUACAAAACGGUAAGGCAAGACAGAGAUGACGGUUGACAAAUACAGUGUAUCAACGAUGAUGCGAUUGCGUUCCAAUCAUUGCCUGUCUCCGGAACAUUUAUUUAAAAUAAAAGUAUACGAUAGUCCUAAUUGUCAGUGUGCAGAAUACGGAGAUAUAGUACAUAUACUGUUUAAUUGUCAGCUGAACAGGCCCUGUGUACGUCAAAUAUCCUUUCCAUCCUUGGGAACAAGGGGAGAAAUAGUAAUAUAGUGACUGGGUACAUGACCUCCGGUCGAGCCCAAAUUGCCCUUCCAAUAAGGGUAACCUUGAAAGAAGAAGAAGAAGAAGAA